AUCAGCUUUCAGCUGAGCUCCCCGGGGCUGUCACUCGUAAACGAAGCUGACACCUUCCUCCCAGCCUUCGAGAUGGCUUCCCUUCUUUCCAAACAUCACUCGUUCUCCCAUCUGAAACUCUACAUUGAGCAUCAUCAAGCUUUCCAGCAUACCAUCUAGAACCAUAGCAAUGGCAAUCAUCACUCUCUCGCCCUCACCCCAACCUCCUCCGCCAGUUCAAACCACCCAGGAUAUCAUCGAUGACUUCUGGCAGACCAAUCUAGCUCCAGCAAAGCCGACCACCAGGCCUCCAACGGUCCUCCCCAGCAAUGUCUUCGCACAGCUCGUUGGACAGAGUAUGCCCCAGGGCGAGGUCAAAGGCCAAAGCAUCGCCGUCUCCUACAAACAAGCAGUCCAAGACUGCAUUGCCAAAGUCAAAACCAUCGUCGCCGAAUGCCGCCGAAACAACCAGAAAUACACCGACCCUCACUUCGACCUCGACGAUAUGGAAUACUGCCUGAAAUCCCUCACUGCUACCUCCGACGCGCCGUCUGCCGACGAUACAACUCAAGAAAACACUGUUACCUUCGAUGUGACGCAGAAGGCUACAUCAACCGGCGGGCCUAUUUUCUGGGGAAACGUUCAGUCUGCUUCUGCAGAACAAGACGACCCUCCGAAGCCACACCCGCAUGCGCGAAGAGAGUGGGAGAUAUUUUCGACAAGCCCCAAUUCUUCGUCCAUAAAGAUGCACAUGUGAUGGAUACGCGCCAAGGAGCUGAAGGAGACUGCUGGUUUAUUUCAUCUCUCGGCUGUCUGUGCGUCGACGUCCAGUUUCCCAAGUUGAUCGCUAAGCUCUGCCCUCCUGAGGCACGGGAUGAGAAGGUUGGCGUAUAUGGAUUUGUCUUCUUCAGAGAUGGGGAAUGGAUAUCUGAGAUCAUCGAUGACAAAUUGUAUAUCAGAGCUCCUGAUUAUGACGACUGUGAUGAUGAGAGACGAGCGGUUUGGGAUCGCUCUCACAGCCGAUUGGAUCCAGCUGUCUUGCGGGAAGAAUACAGGAAGACAUUUCAGAGCAAUUCUGAUGCACUCUUUUUUGGAUCUUGCGCUGACCCGAAUGAGACGUGGGUCCCCUUAAUUGAGAAAGCGUUUGCCAAAGCACACGGGGACUUUAACGCCAUUGAUGGUGGAUGGCCAGGGGAGGGAAUCGAAGACCUCACGGGCGGUGUUACCACCGAGAUUGUCUCCGCCGACAUCCUCGACAAAGACCUGCUCUGGAAUGAGGGUUUCCUUAGGGUCAACAAAGAAUUCCUGUUCAAUUCUGGUACUCGACAAUACGGACAUGCCGACCCCAAUGAACUUGGGCGUCAAGGAAUUGAGGACGAUCAUGCAUACUCCCUCCUUCGAGCAGUCGACUACAACGGAAACCGCCUCUGUAUGGUAAAGAACCCGUGGGGCGAAACCGAAUGGAACGGACCCUGGAGCGAUGGAUCCAAAGAAUGGACACCGGAGGCGAUGAAAGCCCUCGAACACAAAUUUGGCAACGAGGGUAUAUUCUGGAUGCCAUACGCCGACUUUCUUCGCCGAUAUGAUCAGAUCUGGCGGACUCGACUCUUUACUGACGACUGGAACAUUGCCCAGCACUGGACUACCAUUCAAGUUCCGUGGGCAGGAGAUUACAAUGAUACGAAAUUUGAGUUCGACUUGCCCAAACCUGCAACGGCUGUGAUUGUACUGUCCCAGCUUGACACUCGCUACUUCAUGGGCUUGACCGGUCAGUAUACCUUCCAGCUCUCAUUCCGUCUCCAUAAAUCUGGUGAAAAGCAACAUAUCAUUCGAGGCUAUUCAAGCGGAGACAGGUCUGCUACAACCGAAGUCGACCUCGAAGCCGGCACCUACGAAGUCCUCUUGCAGAUCUCCGGCCAGCGUUUCGACAGUCUCCCGAAAGUUGAGGAUGUCGUUAAACAGAACUGGCUUGCUCGCCGGGAGAAGUUGAUGUCAAUUGGCCUCUCGUAUGAUAUUGCAAAUGCCAAAGGACAGGGCGUGGAAUCGGAACCGGAACCGGAACCGGAACCAACCGCCAGCGUGAUGACGAUGACAGCCGAUGCUGCGCCAUCGGCACCAUCUGAACCUGCUGUGGCGGUGGAUGCCAGCAAUGUCGACGCAACUGGUGCUGCUGGGACAACCGUGGGUGCUGCUUUCACAGUUGAUACAGAGCCGGAUCCAGCGUCGGAUGAGGCUCCAUGGGAUGCCGUCUGCGUUGUUGGACUGAAGGUCUUUACGCCUGGUAUGGCAGCUGCGAUUAGAGUUGUCAAGCCAACUGCUGCGGCACCUGCUGUGGGGAAAGCUAAUCUGGAUGUUGAUGAUCCUGAGAAGGACGCCACUGAGAAAGUAGCCAAGUAGGCAAUAUAGAGCGGCGUGUGCUGAGUGUUGGCAUGUGAUCCUCGAACUAGCAUUCUGGAAUUAAUUCUUGGAGUUCUCAAUGACAUUGUACCAGUAUCUAUCUAUCAAAUUCAUGCUAUGCAAUCAGCCAAUACUUUUAGCGCAUUCUAUUUUAUUUGGUUGCGCUCGAAAUUAGCAAACUGAUGAUUUCCCUUGAAACAGAUCUUAAACGCCAACGCAUUUGAUUUUGACAUAUUUGCUCAUGAUUCAAAUGUAGAAAUUUCGUUUUCUCUUUACGCG